GAUGAUAUGUGAGGAAGUGCCAGAGCAAAAAAAAGUUUGACAAAAAGUCAACACGACGACGAGAGUUUCAGGCUUGUAAGAAAAACUAAUUGAAUUUAGGAAGGAGUUGAGGGCGUAGAUCAGCUGCAGUUGGUUAAAUGAGAGACUUGUAGCGCCAGGAGGGGAUUUUAUUUUCUGUAUCAAGCAGCUUGAAGAGUUAUCUCGAGACGUCUCACUGGAAGAAUCAUGAAACAGCUUCUCUUUGUUUUCCUGUGUUGUCUUCCGUUGGCAGCCUGUUUGCGCUGUUACACCUGUGUGUUUCCCGCCAUCUCUCCUCUGGACUGCUUCAGGUUCCCUCAGGAGUGUCCGGCCGGGCAGCGCUGCCUGUCGAGUACUGCAAUCGGAAAACGAGGAGCUCUACAGGUGACGAUGUACGAGAAGAGCUGUGCCGUCCCCGUCCAGUGUGACGUGAGCGGACAGAAAUACGCCUCGGGCCUCUCCUUCAACUACACCAACGUCUGCUGUGACACUGACCUGUGCAACGGUGCCGUGUCCUUUGCUGCCCUCAGCUGGAGAGGAGCCGCCCUCUGCCUCGCGCCUGCACUCGCUCUGCUGCUCGCCUGAAGCUGGAGCCGUCAGACGUAGAGGUUGUAGGUGCCCUGAGAGAGAUCAUCUGGAAAAGAUGGAUACAAAUGUACACGCACUUGGGCACGAAAGAAGGCUUAAAACAAUUCUGCUUUUAAAAAGAAUAAACAUGGCCACACAGCAAAUAACAGGAGUGAUUCACUUAAAUAGAUUUGAAAAGCCUGUAAUAAGAUAUGCUACAAUAUUUUACUACACACUGCAGACUAAAACCUUAUGUAAAAUGUGGAUUACAUAAACAAAUAUGUUUUGAUGUUGUCAAAUAUACAACUUGAUAGAGAAAGAAUUACAGAAAAGCCUAGAAAAAAAUAUUAUAAGUAGAAUUAUACUGGGUCUCCAGGUUGUAAACCAUUUGAUAGAAAAUUAAAUAUUGUAUGGUUUAAACAAAAUAAAAGAUCAUUAAAAUGCCAAACACAAUUUACAAAAAUACAAUCAGCAAAAAAACUGAUAAGAAAAUAAAGGAAAAACUAAAUAUACUACAAUAUAUCACCUCUUGAAUUAUACCUUAUAUACCUUCAUCCCUGCCUGCACCAAAAUAAAACUGUUCUCCUUUUUCUGCUCACUUUAAAACUUUAACCAUAACCUACUCUAUUCAAUAUCAUGUUUCUCAUUUGUGUUUUAUUAGUCAUUUUUAAAAGUUAUUCUUUUUAACAUGUUUACAGAUGUUUCUGUCUAAGAUUCCAAUGCACUGCUUCUAACAGACAAUUUGUUGUUUGCAAUCUUUUUUUUGACACUUUCUUCCAUCUCGAUGUCAAAGUUACUCUCUACAAAGAUUAAAAAUGAAAACACAUUUGUCACAGUU